CCUCUGAUUAUCACCACAUUCGGCGUCUAGCCGGAAGCACAGCUAGCUAAGGUCAACGGUCAGCGGGUCAGCGGUGAACUGAAGGAAGACUAAUUAGAGCAAGGUAUGGGUAUGUCCCUGUAUAACUACGUGAGGUGUGAGCUGACCAGGGGACACGGUCUCAAAGAUGGCCAGGGACUGUUCUCAGAGAAACAAAGGAGAGUCACUAGGUUCAUGAAGACUCCGAGGGAACUAGAGAAGUUAAUGUUGUUUGGAUUUUUAAUAAUGCUGGAUGCUUUCUUGUUUGUGUUCACGUGGCUACCACUGAGAGCUUUGCUCAGUCUCACUGUCUACACCGCCAGACUACUGUGUUGUUGCAGACAGAGGGUGUUGGACUGCGGGCAGAAGAUUGAUAUUCUGAGAGUCACACUGAUUGUGCUUUGCACGGUUGCCCUGGGUUACGUUGACACUUCUGCACUCUACCACCUUAUCAAGGGACAGUCUGUCAUCAAGCUGUACGUCUUCUUCAACAUGAUGGAGAUAUUCGACAGACUUCUAGCUUCCAUCGGUCAGGACACGCUGGAUACACUGUUCGGAAUCGUUGCUGAUAAUAGGAAAGGAAAAUUUGAAUAUCUCGAGGCACUGUUUUACUUUGUAGUGGCAACCGUCUAUGUCUUCCUCCAUACAACGCUGAUACUGGUUCAAGCCACUACACUGAAUGUGGCUAUUAACUCUCACAGCACUGUAUUACUCACGAUCAUGAUGUCCAAUAAUUUUGUCGAACUGAAAGGUUGCGUUUUUAAGAAGUUUGAGACUAACAACCUCUUCCAAAUGAGCUGCUCAGAUAUACGCGAGAGGUUCCACUAUGUCAUAAUGCUGGGAGUGGUGUGUGUGAGCAAUCUCAGUCAGUUUAACUGGGACCUAGCCUACCUAAAGUCAGUGCUCCCUGUGGUAGUCAUGGUGAUGGUUCUGGAGGUGGUGGUCGACUCCAUCAAACAUGCCUUCAUCACCAAGUUCAACGACAUCAGUCCUGAUGUGUAUAAGAAGUACCGUACCCUCCUAGCCAUGGACCUCGUCACUAGUAGACAAGACAAUGCUAAGACUGAUCACACAGACCUUGUCUCCCGGAGGAUGGGGUUCAUACCACUCCCCCUGGCAUGUCUGUUAUGGAAUACACUGUAUCAAACGUUUACUUUCCCUGGGAGAAAUGGAGCGAUCCUAUUGGUCGUCCUGUAUCUAUGUUUGCUAGCUGGCAAAGUUCUACUUGGUAUUACUCUACUGGGGAAAUCUUGCCACUACCGAUCAUCCCCACCACCACCACGUAGUCAUAGCAGCAACGAUCUGAUUGGUCAAUCAUCCAGUCACAUGACAACGCAAGGUAGCUUCAUUCCACCUACUCAGUCCUCGAUAUCGGAUAUUGGGCCGUUGGGUCAAAAGUCAAGCGAACAGGUGCUGGGGAAGAAAACUGUCCACUUAUGUAGCAAGUGUCAACCUAAACCACUAGCUCAAGUGGAGCGCUUCACACUGUGUAGCAAUAGGAUCAUUUAAACAUUCAAUUUCAAUUCAUUAUGAACAUUAUUCAUAUAAUUAUAUCAUUGUCAUUAUAAUGUUAUUAAUCUCAUGAAGUUUUUUCAAUUAUUAUUAACAACGCGAAUGAAGUGA